AUGGAUUCCCUGCGGUCCUUGGGCUGGUGGUUUUCGAUUUCCAACAAUCUGGAAAGUCUAAAUCCAGUCCACGUGACGUUGAAACUGUUUGGCGUAAUGAUCUACACCGUGGUCGAUCGUGUCAACUGUCGUCUGGAGGUAACACUUGGCGAUUGGAUUUUGGUGGCCAUUUAUGCGACCUCGAGAAUCUACGGAAUGUUCGAUGGAUUUGCGAACCAGAAAUGGCAGAUGUUGAUUGAAUCCGACUUACCGGCAACCGUGUAUGGCAUGGCGUACACCAUUUUCUUCAUAGUGCUGAUGAUGACAGUAAUGCCAUUCUAUUUGCUGCUGCUACAUCGACGCUACGAACAUCUGUUGCAGCUUUUGGACGAGUUCGAUUUGGAGACCACCGGUUAUUUUUUAAUAAGCCCCACUGCACUGGCGAUUAUCUUCGCGAUCACGUUCAUAUCACGAGACUACAGCUAUGUCUGGGAUACUGUGCUGUUUUUAGCGGUAUUCACCAUAAGCUGUUUUGCCAGCAUGUCACAGCAUUCCGGGCUGAACGUUAUGAUUUUAGCCAUCGACAGUCGAAUGCAGCUGAUGAACCGAGUGAUUCGUACAAUGCUGGAACCCACCGAUAUGACCGUUGGCCAACAGAAGGACUUGGUAAUGAAGCUGGCCAAGUCAUUCGAUAGGCUGUGCGAUGCGACAGAAAAUGUCAACUUGGUUUUGUGUGCUCCCAACUUUUUCAAUUUCAUCAACAUUUUCUUUCUGCACGUCAUCGCCUGCUACGCCUGUACGCGAGUGUUCCUGAACCAGGCGGCACCGAAGGAAACGACGAACUCGCUCCUGUACUUGAGCUGGUCCGGUUUCUUCAAUCUGUUCGUGUUUCAAACGAUUACGUUUGCGGCCGGGCUUCGUCGAAAGACGGCAAACUUUGCUGGUGCUGUCCAUCGAUGUCUGAAUCAGCCCCACAACCGAUCAAUCAUCGACCGGCUUCAGCAACUCUCCGAACAAAUCGACAACCGGGAGCCGGUUAUCACGUUCUUUCUGUUCGAGCUGCAGCCAUCAUUAAUUAUUCAGGCUGCCAGUGAACUGGCGACUUACAUGCUGAUAUUGAUCCAGUUUGAGAUGCAAUAG